UAACAAGUCAGAGGCCAGAAAUCUGGGAAGGCAAAGUCAAGAGCUGCUGCUUAAGAGUCAAGCAUGUUUUAGAGGUUAACUCGUCGUCGUAGUCGUCUUCUUGUCGUCGUCGUCGGCAUCCAAGAUGUUCGCUUCAUUAACGACUUAGCGCAGCGUGAAAGCAAAAACCGUCGACUUUAAAUGGUCGAGGCGAAAAGGAAGAGCUAACAGGGGCGCAGGAAGACAGCCCAGGAAACUGAAUACAUUUUUGCCAGCGAAUUUAGCUAAUGAGUUAUUAUUAAUAUAUAUUUUCUAUGGGAAUUUACGAGCGUGCAAAUGGAAAUUGAUAUUAGGUUGUAAAUAAAAGCCAGCAAGCUAAAAAAAAGGGAUAAAAAGGAAAGCUGUAGAUACUUACGAGUAUUUCCCAGAAAAGGAAGAAAGGAAAAGAGAGAAAUCAACAAUAAAAUUAAUUGGGAAAGGUUGAUUGAAAUAUUUAAAUUAAGAUGGCCUCACCACCGGAAAGUCCCAUCGAGGAGGUGGUCUAUGAAUUGGAACACACACGCGUGCCUAAACCCAUUCCUGUAGCCCUGGAAGAUUUGUGCCGCCAAACGAAAUUCACAAAACAGGAAAUCCGCGUCAUGUAUCGCGGAUUUAAAACGGAAUGUCCUGAGGGUGUGGUGCACGAGGAUUGUUUUAAGGAUAUUUACGCCAAAUUCUUUCCACAUGGCAAUUCCAGUUUAUAUGCACAUUAUGUGUUCAAAGCAUUCGAUGUUAAUUGCAAUGGUGCCAUUAGUUUUCGGGAUUUACUGGUCACCUUGUCCACACUGCUGCGCGGCUCAGUUUACGAGCGUCUGCGUUGGACCUUCAAGCUAUACGAUUUGAACGGCGAUGGACGCAUCAGUCGCGGCGAGUUGAGCGAAAUCGUUUUAGCUAUACACGAGCUUAUGGGCAGGAGACCGCACCAACCGGAGGAGGAUCGCAAAGCGAGGGAUCAGGUCGAUCGUGUUUUUCGCAAAUUGGACUUAAAUCAGGAUGGCAUUAUAACCAUUGAAGAGUUUCUCGAAGCAUGCCUUAAGGAUGAUUUGGUAACGCGUUCAUUGCAAAUGUUCGACAACGACCUUUGAUGACAAGCAGAUGAGCCGGAAAUACGCAAUACCAGGACUAUAAUAUCGCUUAUAGAUCUCUAAAUCUAAUACACAAUGUCGUAUUGCAGACAGGCACUUAUAGUGAGUUAAGACAAAAUGUGCAACAAAAUGCAAAACAAACACCAGAAACAUGCAACAGAGAAGUAAACAUUAUAGAAAUUAACAUUAGU